AGACUUUUAUGAUGGAAAAAUGUCAAACAUGAAUAGAAGAACAAGUAGAGAAUAGAACAAUGAACCCUUAUUUAUGUCGGCCCUGGACACAGUACACACAGCCUAGAGCUUCGGCUCCAAGGGAAACAAAAGGAACUGCCUGGAUUCUCAUGGCCAGCACCUUCCUACCAGGGCUGAACCCUCAGAACCCUCAUUAUAUCCCAGGGUACACCGGACACUGCCCACUACUUCGGUUCGGCAUGGGCCAGACCUAUGGGCAGAUGACUGGUCAGCUACUUCGAGGAUUUCCUGGCCUAGCCUGGCCCCCUGCCCAUCGCACGCUUCUGCCUCCCAUCCGGCCUCCAGCAUCUCCUGAGGUUCCCAGGGGAAGCCUGCCUGUCAGGCGUGGGCAUGAAAGGCUCAGCUCCAGCAUGAUCCCUGGGUACACAGGUUUUGUACCCCAGGCACAGUUCAUCUUUGCUAAGAACUGCAGCCGGGUCUGGGCUGAGGCUCUAAAUGAUUUCACUCAGGGGUCUGUGGGACAAGGGAGUCAAGAGCUGCCAAAGGAGGACAAGGGUAAAAAAGAUGUGGAGAAAGACCAAGAACCAAAGCCAGAGCCAGAGCUGGAGGCAGAGAAGGAGCCAGAGCUGGGGCAAGAGGCGGACCAAGCUUCCCCCUAUUCCAUGGAUGACAAAGAUCCUCGCAAGUUCUUCAUGCCAGGCUUCACUGGUUACGUGCCCCGUGCCCGCUUCCUCUUCGGCUCCAGCUUUCCUGUGCUCACCAACCGGGCACUGCAGGAAUUUGGACAGAUGUACUCAGGGGGGAGACCCCAGAAGGAUCCCAAACAUCUCCCUCCACUUUCUAGGACCUACCCUCAGAACCUAGGCCUUUUACCUAAUUAUGGGGGCUAUGUGCCAGGGUAUAAGUUCCAGUUCGGCCACACGUAUGGGCAUCUCACCCAUGAUGCACUGGGCCUCACCACCCUCCAGAAGCAGCUCCUGGUGUAGGUACCUGGACUUCAAGUUCUCUCUUCUCUGUCUUCCUAUCCCAGCCAUCCUUUUGGA